CUUUUAGAAGGGAACAAACCGACCGAGAAAUGGUCACUCACUCACUCACCUACAAAGCCUCGGGCCAUUUUCUUUCUUUCUUUCUUUCUGAGGGAGGUGAGCUCGAUAAUAUAUCAUAGACAUAGACAGACGCCAUACCAUAGACGCAUUCUCUACUACUCUUGUCUUGUCUUGUCUUGUCUUGUCUUCUCUUCUCCAUCUCUCGUCAUUUCUUCACCAAGAACUACCAGCCAUGCCUUUUGCGACAGAACUCACCAAACGACUCGGCAUCAGAGUGCCCGUCGUCCAAGGCGGCAUGAUGCACGUAGGCACCGCCGACCUCGCCUCAGCCGUCUCCAACGCCGGAGGCCUGGGUAUCAUCACCGCCCUCAUCUUCCCCAGCCCCGAGGAACUGCGCAAGGAGAUCCAACGCUGCCGCACCCUCACCAAGAACCCCUUCGGUGUCAACAUCACCCUUCUUCCCGCCAUGGUGCCCCCGAACUACGCCGCAUACGCUCAGGCCAUCAUCGACGAGGGGAUCAAGGUCGUCGAGACCGCAGGAAACUCUCCCGGGCCUGUCAUAUCGCAGUUGAAGAAGGCCGGCAUCAUUGUCCUCCACAAGUGCACCACGAUUCGCCAUGCUCAGAGCGCCGUCAAGCUGGGCGUCGACUUCCUCAGUAUCGACGGUUUUGAGUGCGGUGGACACGUCGGCGAGAGCGACAUUACAAACUUUAUCCUGCUCAGCAAGGCCCGCCAAACUCUCGGCAUCCCCUUCAUCGCCAGCGGUGGCUUCGCUGAUGGUUACGGACUCGCUGCCGCGCUGUGCCUCGGCGCUUCUGGAGUCAACAUGGGAACGCGAUUCAUGUGCACCGUCGAGGCUCCAGUGCACCAGAAGGUCAAGGAGGAGAUUGUGCGCGCCGACGAGACCGACACAACCCUCCUCAUGCGCAGAUGGAGAAACACUACCCGACUCUUCAAGAACAAGGUUGCCCUGGAGGCUCUCGAGGUCGAGAAGAAGAGUGAGAAGGGCGAGUUUGCCGAGAUUGCGCCGUUUGUGAGCGGUAAGCGAGGAAAGGAGGUCUUUGUGAACGGCGACACUGAAUACGGCGUUUGGACGACCGGCCAAGUUAUUGGCCUGAUUCAUGAUAUUCCUACAUGCGAUGUCCUUGUUCACAGAAUUGAGAAGGAGGCCGAGACGGCGUUGAAAGAGAGACUCGCGCUCCUGGUGCCCGAGUCAAAGUUAUAGAGCCAGACGAUACUUGACCUGCGACAUUUUGUUUAGAACCUGUACGACGAUGUGCUGUUUGUGUUUACUGAAGAAAUAAUUGCAAGCGAUUUUAUAAACUGCGCCUCCUCCA